AUGGCGCGCGCGGAGAGCCCGCUGGCGGCCCUCGGACGGCGUAUGAGCGUGGAGCUCGCGCGUGCGCGGCAGCAGCAGCAUCAGCAACAGGAGCCCACCGAUGACCGCCGCCUAGGGCCGAGCGACGAAAGACGCCGGGGGCAGGGUGCGCAGGACGAUCAGCGCCGGGUGCAGAGUGCUCAAGACUCCCGCGCGCGCGCGCGCGUGCUCACGCCCCCCGCGCGCGCCUUCGUGCCCGCGUCCCUGUCCGUCCCUGCGUGGCGCGUCUCGCAGCUCUCGCACGUGAGCUCGGUGAGCUCGAUGCAGAGCUACGCGACUGCGCUUGAGUCGCCGGAGAGCCCGUCGCCGCCCAGGACGCCCUCGACGCCGGAAGCGAGGACGCCUACGAGACUGGAAGCUAAGGCGCCAGAAGAAAGUAUCGUGCCGCCGUAUGAGAGCCUUGCGCCGCCGUCUGAGAGCCUUGCGCCGCCGUCUGAGAGCCUUGCGCCGCCGCCGCCGCCGCCGCCGCCGCCGCCUGAGACGCCGGAGGAGAGCCUCGCGCUGCCGGUGCUGCGGGUGCGCUCGGGCACGGACGGGAGCGCGGACACGCCGAGCCUGACGCGCAGCCGGACGGUGAGCUCGAGCGGGAGCGGGAGCGUGCGCACGGCCGGCCGCGAGAAGGAGCGCGAGGAGGAGCAGGCGGGCGCGGACGAGAAGGCGGGCGUGGGCGCGGGCGCGGGGGCCGUCGAGGUGUGCGUGAACGGGGUCCCGGUGGAGUAUGUGCCGCUGCCGCGGGACACGCAGGGCACGGCGCGGCGGCGCACGACGCUCAGGAAGAAGCACGCCCCGCUGGUGGCGGCGCAGGUGACGGUUGCGGUGUCCCCCGCGCACGACGAGAGGGCGGUGAAGCGGGGCGGGACGAUCAAGCGGGUGUGGCGCAAAAUGUUCAAGAGCGCGGGGGCGCGGUAG